AUGGCACCCUCCGUUUCCGUUUCCGUUUCCAUUUCCAUUUCCACUUCCAUUGUGGUCUCAGCAUGGGCUAUCUCUAUUUUGAUCUGUGGAAUGUAUUUGGAUACAGCAGCUCGGUUUGUGGCAGCAUCAGAAUUACCAUCACUGGAAGGAGAAGUAAAGGCUCUGCUGGAGAGUGGAUGGUGGAGUGGCUACAACAAGAAUACCUCAAUUCCUUGCGAGUGGUAUGGUAUUACUUGCAAUUCUGAUGGAAGCGUCACAAAGAUCGCCAUCCGCUUAGCUCCACGUUUCUAUUUGGGAGAGAUGUCAAAACUCAACCUCUCUUUCUUCUCAAAUUUAGUCCACCUUGAUCUGUCCUAUAAUGAACUUCAGGGGAGUAUUUCACUUGAGAUAGGUACUUUAUCCAAACUCGCCUAUCUUGAUCUGUCCUACAACAAUCUGACCGGUAAGUUACCUCUUUCACUCGCAAACCUCACCCAAUUAGAGUUUUUUGACAUUUCUUUUAAUCAAAUCACUGGACUAAUCCCUUCAUCUCUUUGGCUUUUAACCAACCUCACUGACUUGGUGAUGCAAAGAAAUCAAAUUAGCGGUUUCAUAGCACCAGAAAUAGGGAUGUUAAAGAGUUUGACCAAUUUGGAUCUAGGUUAUAACAUGUUCAUCGGUCCAAUCCCUUCCACUUUGGGUCAUUUAACUAAUUUGAAAUAUUUGCAUCUUGAUUCCAAUCAAAUCAAUGGUUCCAUUCCCAUAGAAAUAUACAAUGUGAAGAAUUUGUUGACCUUGGUUCUUGGAAAUAACAACCUUAGUGGUCAAAUCCCUUCCGCUCUAGGCCAUUUAACUAAUUUACUACUUUUGACACUUAGUGAAAAUCAAAUCAACGGUUCCAUCCCGAUAGAAAUAGGGAACUUGAAGAGUUUAGUUGGUUUGUUUCUCUAUCAUAACAGUUUCAUUGGUCAUAUCCCCACUCAGAUCCGCAACCUUCAUUCAUUGGUUACUCUUGACCUUAGUCAAAACUUUCUCAGUGGAGAAGUACCUAUUGAAGUUGGGGAUUUUGAGGAAUUAUCGCGCUUGGAUCUCAGCUACAAUAAUCUCACUGGCAACAUUCCUCAUACUUACGUUUCUAUUAAAAAACUCAACUUGUCAUACAAUUAUUUAGAAGGUCCAAUUCCAUACAGUUAUGAUCAAUAUCAUACAUUCGACACAUUAAUUGGCAAUAAGAAUUUGUGUGGUGUUUUCGAAUAUUUUCCUCCUUGCCUAUCACUUCCAGCAAAAAGCAAAUCAUUUGCAACCAAAGUGAAAAUUUUUGUUCCUAUAACCAUUUCCCUUGGAUUCUUAGUUCUUGUGGGCUUUAUCAUGUCUCGACGUAUGCGGAAGAAAACCCAAUUGAAGUCAAGAGAAACAAAAAACGGAAACUUGUUCUCGAUAUGGAAUUAUGAUGGACAUAUUGCAUAUGAUGACAUCAUUGAAGCAACCGAGGACUUUGACAUAAAAUAUUGUAUUGGAACUGGCGGUUAUGGUAGCGUUUACAAAGCAGAAUUACCUGGUGGCAAAGUGAUUGCCUUAAAGAAACUUCAUAUGUUGGAGGCUGAGAACCCAACUUUUGAUAUGAGUUUCAAGAAUGAGAUAAAAAUGUUAACAGAGAUCCGUCAUCGAAAUAUUAUAAAACUUCUUGGGUUUUGUUUACAUAAGCGAUGCAUGUUUUUGAUUUACGAGUACAUGGAAAGGGGAAGCCUAUUUUGUGUCCUAAACAACGAUGUUGAAGCUAUGGAAUUGGAUUGGAGCAAGAGAGUGAACAUCAUCAAAGGCACUGCCCAUGCUUUAUCUUACAUGCAUCAUGAAUGCAUUCCAACAAUUGUUCAUCGAGAUAUAACAAGCAACAAUAUUUUAUUGAACUCUAAAUUAGAGGCUUUUGUCUCUGACUUUGGCACGGCUAGGCUCCUUAAUCCUGAUUCUUCCAAUCAAACGUUAGUUGCCGGCACUUAUGGUUAUAUUGCUCCAGAAUUAGCUUAUACCAUGACAAUUACUGAAAAAUGCGAUGUCUAUAGCUUUGGAGUGGUGGCAUUGGAAAUAUUAGUGGGAAGACAUCCAACGGAACUGCUGACUUCAUUAUCAUCAUCGGCUUUCCAAAACGUGAUGUUACAUGAAAUAUUAGACCAACGUCUAUCACUCCCAAAUCAUCUGGUUGCACAGGAUAUUUUUCUUGUCGUUACAAUAGCAUUUGCAUGCCUACACACUAAACCAGAGUCUCGGCCUACAAUGAAAUGCGUGUCUCAAGAAUUUUUUUCCCAGAAGAAGCCAAUAACUAAGCCUUUACAUGCAUUUUCACUGUGGCAGCUAAAGCAGCAAGAAAUAUUUGAGGUUGGAUCAGAGGAUGAAACUCAAGUAUGA